CGAAUAAUUCUUGCAGCUCAAUGUAUGCCACAAUUCAGCGGCGGUCCGGUGGAAUUUAUGACUUGCGAUGACAUCCAAUGCAAAAGGGCCGAUGGCUGGUUCUUAUCGUAUACGAAGAUAGCAGGAAUCAUUGUAGUUUUUAUUAUCGGUGUCGUUGCCGCAGGAUUUCUGGGAUGGUAUAUCAACUCCUUACCACAGAAAAAGGAUUACGAGGCUCUAGACUUGCUGAACGAUGAGAUCGAGAAUACGGAUGAUCUUGGUGAAAAUACGGCUUCACCUUUCGUUCAUCCCUUGAAAUAUCGUUUGGAAUUAACGCCGAUCAUUAUCGAUAUUAAUCUCUCGUCGAAAUUAUUUGGCCGCGUGUUCAUUGAAUUUCAAGUAAACGAUACGACAGGUGUAAACAAACUCUCGUUAAACGCGAAGAAUAUUACAACGACAAAUUGUAAAUUAACAUUGCUGCAUUUGGAAGAGAACAAGAAGCCAUCAAGAAAAAGACGAAGGAGGAGAGCUAAUGAUGCGAUUAAUCAUAAUGGUCAAUGGGACGAUACAAUUUCUGAAAAUGUAGUCAUGGUAACACUGACGGAAAACGAGACAGUUGUACAUAGUAAAGGCUCUGAAAAUCCAUCAGAAAGCAAGUCUACUGUUGAUGAAUCAAAGAUUCCAUUGGUAAAUUACGCAUCAGUCGGCGAAAUUAAUAGUUCACGUGCAAAUGCUGUUGUACAAUUCGGACCUGAAUCUUUCGAGAAUGCGUCUUUGCAAAUGCGGAUUGCAAAUUACGAUACAGACGAGGACAAAGAAGUUCACACGAUUCAUUUAGAGAAACAGAUACAGCAAGGAGUUUAUUUGUUGGAAAUCGAAUAUGAAUUGUCAAUCAGUGACAAUGUAUUUUUCCUCGCAAAUUAUAGUUCAUCCGACGGAGAAAACUGGCUAAUGGGGACAAAAUUGAAACAUUGUGGUGCCCGAUGCCUUUUCCCGGUUUUCGACGAUGCGACAUACAAGUCAGUAUUUUCCGUAUCCAUCGCACGUCCCAAGGAAAUGACAGUACUUUCGAACAUGCCUCUCAGGACUUUAAGGGAUGCUCUGGACAGUUCACUGGUGAUCGAUACUUUUGACGAUUCCCCGCCCAUUUCACCGCACAAUUUGGCUUUUGUAAUGGGGCACAUCGAGGCCAUAAACGCGACACUUAUAGGAGACACCGAAGUAGUUGCAACGUUCUGGCGUGAUUCGAACAGAACCUUACCAGAGAUUUACCUAUUCGACAAACUGAACUCGGUUGUCGUUAACCUGAUGGACGUGUUUUUGACGUCUUACCCCUAUCCCAAGCUGGAUCUGGUGGGUUUGCCUCUAGGGAUAAACGAGAACAUGGGAAGCCCUGGAUUAAUUGCUAUCAAGCAGUCGUUGUUCUACGCUAGCGAGAAAUCGCCGCAGGUCACGAAACAUAACGCUUUGAAGGUUCUGGUCACUCUGAUAGGGCAGCAAUGGCUGGACGAGUUUAUGAACGUGAAUCGAACGAACGCGUGGAUCUUCGAGAGUCUGCUCGAUCAUCUCAAAUACGAAAUCAUCCAGAAGAUAGAUUUGUCAUUGGACCCGGCCGAUUCCUUUAUCAUCGAUGUUCAGCUGCACAUGAUGGAGAUGGAUGGUUAUAGCAUUUCAAGGCCUUUUCACGAAAAUGUCAACUACCAUCCAUUGCCAUCGAUUGAUUAUGAGCAUGCGAAAGGUGCAUGUCUGAUACGCAUGUUGCAUGGCGCGAUAAGUGAUACCGACUUUAGAAACGGCUACCAGAAACUGAUAACCAGGUGGAAGUAUAAUAGCACGGAUGUUGUCGAUUUCAUGAAUAUUUUGGCGGAAGGAGCGAUGGAACUUCCGCCUGGAGUUUCAUUGGUACAGACGAUCAAUUCAUGGAUCUUUCAAGGUGGAUAUCCACUUGUAACAGUCAUAAGAAAUUACAUGAACGAAUCCGCUGUUAUUUAUCAGGAACAAUUUUCACUCGAUCGUCCGUUAGAAAGUAUUACUAAAUUCUGGUAUAUCCCAUUGAGUUACACUAAUAAUUACAGUAAUUGGUCGUCUCCUUCAAAAAUAUGGUUCCCACCUGAACUUAAAAUUACCUUGGAUAACAUUGGUUCCAAUGAAUCUUGGAUACUUUUCAAUGUAAAUAAAACUGGUUUCUAUCGUGUAAAUUACGAUGACAGAAAUUGGAUGCUGUUAAAGCUGGCUCUGGUGGAAAAUCACGACUCAUUUCCGGCAGAAACGAGAGCAUCACUCAUAGAUGAUGUUUUUAGUUUAGCUGAAAUAGGCUUCGUGAAAUACGAAGCCGCGUUUGAGUUUAUUAAAUAUAUGCAAAUGAAGGAAAGACAUUAUAUACCGUGGGGUGCGUUUAUGCGGCACAUGCUCAAAUUAAAUAGGCUCCUAUAUGAAACCUCAGUUUUCAAUGAUUUCCAGGAAUUUAUGGUAAGAUUUGUAUCCCCGUUGUACAGUGAAGUAGGAUCGAAGCUGGACGAAGGUUCGCCAUUGACAAUGAUUGCUGUGAAACUUGCAUGCGUCUUCGAGCAUUCGGAGUGUUUGAACUGGACGAAAAACGUUUUCGAAAGCGAUAAGACUGACGACGAAGUCCAAGAACUUGUCCCUUCUUACAUACGGGAAACGUUUUAUUGCACUAUUGCGCGUUAUGGAACCCGAAAAGUGUGGAAUUAUUUCACGGAGAAAGUAACGUCCACCGAGGACGAGGAAGAAAGGAGACGUUUGUUAUCGUCAUUCGCCUGUUUUCAAGCUCCUUGGAUUCUACAAUCUAUUCUCAACGAAAUACUUCACGAGGAGCGGUUCCAAGAGGACGAAAUAUCAAUAAUUUUGAACGCAUUUCCGCAAAAUCCAGCUGCGGCUCAAAUUUCAUCACGAUUCGUUCGAGCAAAUUGGCAGGAAAUUGUGCAGAGAUUUUCAGGAUCUUAUUCAGUGUUGAAAUCCUUCGUUCUGUCCAUGGUCAACGGUUUGACAACCGAACAGGAUUUAGAAGACCUUCAAAUAUUCAGAGAGAUUAACUACGACAGCAUGAAGGGAACAAGGUAUGCCGCAGCGCUUGUCGAAGCGAACGGAAAUUUCGUAACAGCGUGGUUGAAGAAUUCUUUGCCGCAAAUUGAGAAUAUAUUAAAAGAAGAAGAAGAAGAAGAAGAAGCGCAGAGGUCUGUGACCUCAUGAGAAUAGCUGAUAAAAGUGGAAGAACAAACAAGCUCAAUCAGUUUUUUAAAGACUUGCACUUUAUGCCGUGUGGUUCACAAGUGGUUUACCGAUUGAGGAGGAACCGCGGAGCUUAUCGAUAUACGACGACUCGAUAAAACGUCUUCCACGCUAACAACGCUUUCUAAUGGCAGUAUUUACGGAACCAAU